AUUUACAGGUUUGGUGAGAGUGCAAACCAACGAUCAUCAUCAUCCGUUUCCUCUGUGAAUAGAAGCUCGGUGUUGAUCAUCUUACCUCCGGGUGUGGUGGAGAAUAAAGUGCCUCCAGGGGUGGUACAGUAGUCAUGAGGUAGCUGCGUUGUGUCGUUGAUCAACACCGUCCUGGUCGGGAUGGCCCUGCACUCGCUAAGCUGACGACUGGUCGACAUUUUUCAGCGCCGUUGAGGUGACAAAUCCAGCAGCUACAAGAAGUAUUGCAGGUGUUUGUUUUCCCGACGGACGGUGGAAACCCGGGGGCCGUUUCCCACUCUCUGGUCUUCCUAGAAAGCUUUCUCGUCUCUCCUGUCGUCCUCCCAGCCGUCAGCACCGUCCGCUCCCUCAGCAAAGGCAGGAAGAGCGACGAGCAGCGGGCGGAUGUGACGUCAGAGGCGUGGAGCAUCAGCCUACUUUGCAUCACAAGGAAAGCGCGCAUGCGCCGUGCCCUCUCUUUCAACUGUCCCUACUACCUAACGCGAACGUCACCUUCCGCCGCCGAUCCUCCAUCCCAGAGCCAGCAGACCUGCACCCAAACAUGAGCUUCACAGUGGAAGAGAGGGGGAACCCCAACUCCCUGAGCUACCGCUUAUUCUUCAAGAAUGCUGAGGGAAAGUAUGUUUCACCCUUCCAUGACAUACCAAUAUACGCUGAUGAGAAGCAGAACAUCUUCCACAUGGUUGUCGAAGUACCAAGGUGGACAAACGCAAAGAUGGAGAUCGCUACAAAAGACCCUUUGAACCCAGUAAAGCAAGAUGUGAAGAAGGGCAAGUUGCGAUAUGUUGCCAAUGUUUUCCCACAUAAGGGCUACAUAUGGAACUACGGAGCCAUUCCUCAGACAUGGGAAGAUCCCGCCCACAAAGAUGGAGACACCGGCUGCUGCGGUGACAACGACCCCAUUGACGUCUGUGAGAUCGGCACUAAGGUGUGUUCCCGCGGGGAGGUGAUCAAAGUGAAGGUGCUCGGAGUCCUAGCCAUGAUCGAUGAGGGCGAGACUGAUUGGAAAGUGAUUGCAAUCAACGUGGAGGACCCUGAGGCCGGCGACCUGAACAACAUCAGUGAUGUCCAGCGCCUGAAACCUGGUUACCUGGAGUCCACGGUGGACUGGUUCAGGAGGUACAAAGUGCCAGACGGGAAGCCGGAGAACCGGUUUGCGUUCAACGACGAGUUCAAAGACAUGGACUUUGCCAUUGAAGUAAUCAAGAGCACUCACAACUUCUGGAAAGCCCUCAUUUCCCAAAAGAGCAGUGCUGGUGAACUGAGCUGCAAAAACACGUGUGUGUCGGCCAGUGACAGCCCGUACUGCUGUUCAGUGGAGGAGGCUAAAGCUGUUGUUGGUGGAACGAGUCCUUGUGGAAAAGAAGAACCCAUCCCCUCAUCAGUAGAGAAAUGGUUCUACUAUGAGAGGAAGUAAACCAGCAGCGGUUUGGAUUGGAGCAGAGUGAAAGGCUCAUCUCUCGUACUGGAAGAUGGUCUUACCAAUGGGAACCAAUGGGAUGUCUGGGCCUGGGCUGGCUGUUUCCCUGUAAAUGGUUAGAUGGUUUGAUACUGUAGAAAAAGAAAAAGUUAAAAAAAGUACUCAUGUCUUGACCAAUUCAUUUUCCUUAUUUAACAUGUCUGUGCUGUACUACUCUUGUAGAUACUUGUGCCAUCAUGUAUGAGAACUGCUUAAAUAAAGCUUCUCUGGUUAAAUUAUCA